AGUUCUGCACAUUGAAAACAAAAAAAAACUUGUGGCUUACGCAUCACAGUGGCAAUACGCAAGCAGGAGACCCAAGCUUCUUCAACUACACAUGAGGAUCGUUUUGAUUACUUGAAAGAGACAAAUACGCAGCACCCUUCAUCAACACUGCUUUAACUGUAUCCCACUAUAAAAAACACAACAGUAAAAAGAAAAGAAAAUGAACAUUCAAUCUUUUCUCUUCCUUUGCACCUCCCAGUCGCCGGCACGACCACUUCCUCCCCCCCUUUUUUUAACGUAGGCCGUAUUCUUCACUCCGUGCUAGUACGCUUCACUAGUUAGGAACAACACAGAGAAGCGAUAUUCACGGGAAGUGACGGGACGUAUGACAGCUCAAGCGAAUGCCGCGGAGAAAUAACUGCGAAUACGGUCUGUCGUCUUUCUUGUUCCUGUAAGGAUUAUUAAAACGAAUUCUUUUCGUCGCAGUGCGUGAAACCGCAGUAAGAAAAAGAAGUUGGGUUUUUUUUUUUACUCCGUGACGAGCAGGGAGGAACCCAAAGAAGAAGUAAUUGAAAAGGACGCGCCGUUUCCCCCCUUUCUGAAAGGUUUUUUUUUGCCUUUUUUCAGUUUGCGAUCGCCGCAAACCCUCUUUUGUAUAUAUAGUUAUAUGUGUGGGCUCUUCCUUAUACAUACAUAUAAAUAAAUAUCGCAGACUGGCAUUAUUUCCUCUGUUUUCUGCUUCGGCCUCAUUCAUUCUUGUAUUUCUGUACUUAAAAAUACAUUUAUUAUUACGCCUUUUUUUGGCGGGGAAACUUCUCGUUUGCACAUCGACUAUAAUUCCCCGCAACUGCGUGAUAGUUAAAAGAAAAAGGGCGGCAAUUUUUGUUAUUUCUUCGUCUACUUGUUUGUUUCUGUUUCUUUUAAAUUAUUUCGUUGUACGUAAGGACAAUUGUAGACGCCUGUCUCUCUCUCUCUCUCUUUGUUACUUCUUUCUUCUGGUUUUUCUCAACGUAGUUUCUCCACCUCUAUUACUUAUCGUUUACUUACUUUCUUUUUAAAGAGUUCUUUCUUUUUCUUUUGUUCUUCACCUUUUUAACCUGGGGUGUGCGUGUGCACCUGAGAUGUAACGUGACAAGCUGCCCGAUUUACUCGCAACGAUAGAGAGCUGUCUUUUUUUUUUUGUCUCUCUCCUUCUCUCCAUUUCUUUCUGUUGAUCUUAAAGCGGAAGUAAAGGAACGCACCGUCAAGGAGCCCAGACAACUUGUGUGCCGCUUCUGUUCUCAACCCGCGUGCGUCCCAAGUGCAUUCGAUUAAAACUCGGUUUGUUCAAUUCUCAGCGGUGCUUUUUAUUGUUGUUGGUUCUAAACCCUUUUUUCGCCUCCUCUCUACUCCUCUCGGUGUGCGUGUUUGUUUGUUUUCGUUUUGUGUCUUUGCCGCUUCUUUAUUGUGUUUCAGUUGGAUUUUCUAUCAGUCUUCUUUCCGUUUUCGUUUUUUUUCUUUCUCUCUGCGCGAGAGUACCCGUUGCGUUUUUCAACGUGCUUCGCCGGUCUCUGCUCUUCCGUUCUCGGCGUUGUACAAACAUUCUCGCAUUGGCCAUCGUGUUGACGUGUGGCAGUGCAAAGCUGACGAACGAGCAAUAACACCCGAUAAGGUUUUCUUCUUUUCUCUUUUCAAGUUUCUCUCCUCGAACCUUUUCUUUGUUUUUUUUUUGUUACGGGCGUUGUCUUCUUUCAUCAUAAAAACCUUUUUUCUCUUCUUCACUCUCAUUAAGUUUCUGGAAAGCUGGAACAAGGCUGCAUCGGCGCGGGAAGCCAAGUGACCUCCCCCCCUUUUACACACACACACACACACGAUGAGCACCAUCUGUGGCAGAGUUACAGCUUCAACCGCAAUGCAAUUUCAUCGACGACGAAAACCUCCGCAGCAGCGUCUGCGCCUCGCGAACUCUUCCAAGCUGAGUUCGGUCGCCUUCACCUCUGUCAGCCGCAAGGCUGUCCGCCUGUCUCUCGAGACGGACAGCACAGGCACGAGUGGUCGCCGUCACGAGGAAAAGGAGGAGCCCCUGACUUCACAAACCGCGUCGAAGGCGCCACCACUACCUCCGCCACACCACGGCACCGCUGGCGGUCAGAGCGGCAGCAGCGAUGCGAAGAAGUUGCUUUCAGCAACGAAAGACGCGGUCGCACUCGCCACACAGAAAGGUCAUGUUGCGCAAACAUCGAAGAGAGGCGGGCGAGACGGAACUCAACGUGCGACACCUUCGAUAACUGCCAAAGAGAAGCCGCAUCGCAGGCCUGCCGUGCGACGAAGCCCCGUUGAAAGUACGGCCAAGUCGACCAGCCCUCCCAGAAUGAGUUCAAUGGCUGCGGCAGUGGUGUCCACCGAAGAGAACCGUAGCUUUCUCAGUCCCGCGUACGCAGAGGAUUUGUCUUUUUCUUCGUCCAUUUGCAACGACAGUGUGGGGGAGGAGCGGGCCAGCACAUCGCACCGUGACGCUGACGCCACAGCCUGCGUGCGUGCACCCUUCCCGGCAUGUCCUCCUCUCACCACGGACGAGCGCCACGCUGUGACCCGCGCCUUUCAAACCUAUCAAGGAAGCACAGCAGCGGCGUUGGCAGAAGGGGGUGUCGUACGUCUACUGCGCAAGCUGUACGAGACGGCGCACCACAACGAGAAUCAGACGACGUCUGCUGCGACCGGCCCGUCGCCGUCGGCGGCGGAGCUGCUGCGCCAGGCGGAGAGGUGUUUUGGAACCGCCCGCUUUCAUGAAGUGAUGAACUCGGCCGCCAGUGGCGCGAGGACACUCACCGGCGACUCAGCGGCUGUGCGUGCGUCUUUUACCUUGGAUGACGCGUUGCUUUUCGCCGGCGUGCUCAAGUCGGAAAGGACUUCGCACUCAGUCAAAGAAUGGAAGCUGAGCAACAGCCUUCAACGAAGCAUGGAAAGCCCGGCGGCCACCAGGAUUGGUGGUACGGGCGAUGACGCGGAAAAAACCGGGAGCGGUGUAUUCACACCGAGUGCGACCGCCCCGCGGCCUGCAACGCCUACCUCCGCCAUGGAGCAUCCGACAUCGCCCCACGCAGCCAGGUAUCUCAUGCACACAAAAACAUCGUUUUCCAGCGUUCUCACCGCCUCUCCGUUGACUUUUCUUCCUUCGGCAGUGGCGCUUCACAAACCUGACGUUCGUUCUCCAGACGCUGCGACGAGGCGGGGUGCCGCGCCGGGAUCGACGUCGGCACCUCCGAGUGGUGAAGCGAACUGCCCUGACCCAAGCUCUCCUUCUUUCCCCUUAGCCGGCGCCGCAGGUGGAUACAGCGCAACGCCGCCUGCGCCAAGCAGGGGCCGUGCGGACAGUGUGUUGUGCGGGGAUGUGGCGCUGUGGUCCUACGUGAUACGCAGGGCGUUUGCAGAGCUCGCCGAGGGCCGCCAAGGCGCGCACCGCCGCGUCAGCUUCGAGCGACUGAGCGAGGCGCUGCAGCUGUUUGAGCUGCGCCUGAACCUGGCUACCGUGUUAUGCGUGUGUGACGGUGUGCACGUGGAUGAGGACGGCAACAUCAAAGGGGAGCAGAUCGACUUGGCCACCUUUGAGAAGAUCAUGGAGGCUGGCCUGCAGCACCCGCUUGAUGGUGGCCACAUCGCAGACAAGAGGAAAGUGUAUAUGCAAAACACCGGUGGCACCGCUGACACAGAAAAAGACGCCGUACCCGUUAUGUUUCAUCUUGUUCUGCUGACGGAUAUUCCCUCGGGGGUGUACGCAGCUGGUGGUACGUCGGUCUCCACCAAAAGUGGCGAAGGCGGACACGUUGGAGGGGCAACGACCUUCCCUGCAUCUCAACAACGCAGCAGCGCCAUCGGCGGUGAUGUGCCACCCCGCGACAGUCUUCCGCAGCCCACGUCGGGGCUGGCAGUCGGUGUCGCCCCGUACGUCUCCGUCAGCCACAGCCGCAGCACCUCCUCGCUCGCCGCUAGUGUGGCAAGUCUCACGCGGUCCUUCUCCGACACGGACGACGCGUACCCCGUCGCCGUUACACAGGACUCGGCUAUCGCGGCGCUUUGCCGCGAGAUACGAUGGCGCUUACGCACCGCCGCGCACCACAGCGCCAACGACAACGCUGAAAGUAAAGCUCGCGAGACGGUAUCGGCGUCGGGUGAGGAGAAGGCCAGGCACGGCGACGUGCCGUCGCCUCCUCUACCACCGCCGCCGCCGCCUCCUUUUCCUUCCACCACCGCUGCCGCCUGUCCUCGCUCUUCUCCCUCUGCGUGGGCCUCCAUAAGCACGUCCGCAACGGCGUCGAUACCCUCUUCCGUGUAUGUCCCACCUCUUCCCGUUCACCGACGCCCACCAGGAAAGGUGCCGACCGAGCUGCUCAGCAUUUCUUCGUCUUCGGCUUCUCACACAGGCGUCAAAGCAAACUCGUCUCCCAACAGACAGAAGAGUCAGGAAGCGAGCCGGCUGCGGCCCCUCUCACCUGCUAAGCGGCUGCCUUCGAAUUCGCAGGCACAGUCACAGCCCCGCUACCGCCACCACUCCAAGCUCCAGCAACCGUCCCCACUCUCCACGCGGCAUCCCAUGCUGCCCCAUCAGGACUUGCAGCGGUGGCCGCGCAAGAUAGCGUCACCACCCACGGUAACACCGUGGACGACUCCCCAUCCUUACGGUCCUGCUGUCACCACAGCCACGAGCACCUCAGUUUCCCCCACAACCCAAGACAGCGGAGAAGACGCACCGCACCAUCGCAGCAGUAGCCGCAAACGCAACAGCAAUAGCCAUAGUAGCGGUACCCUGAGUAACACGGUUGGUGGGGAUUCUUCGACGGACCUUCGUUCCCCGCUCAGCCCACACGUGCCGCGCUAUUCAACGCUGUCCUUCAGCCGUACCGCGAAGGCGGUUGCACACCACCCAAGCCGCCGCACCCUGCGUGCAGCCGCUGCGGCCAACGGGCCGGUGCCCCUCCACUCUUCCUCGCCCUCUCUCGAACCCAGCUCCUCCCCCACCACCGCCAGCCCGGCACGUCUGCCGCGGAGUCGACAGCCGCGAUGGGAGCAGAUAUCAGCACUCUCGCCGUACUACGUUCCGCGCGAAAGGUCUCCGCCAUCGAGGUGCGCCGUUAGGAACAGCCCAGGCAUGAGUGCACAGCUGGCGGAGGCGAGCCAUGUGCCCGAGCGACAGCCGCGACUUGCAAAUGAGGAUUUCCUCCGCGGCCCGGCCCACCCGCCGCCGCCGCGGCAGACGCUGCCGCCUCACCGCCCGCCCUCGGCGUCGCUGUCGGAGCUUAGCAGUCCAUCGUUCAGCGCACCCUCGCUAGAGGCGGUGGCGGCGACGGCACCGACUACGAACCCCAUAGUCUUCACGGUUCCUCACUCGACGGUGCGACCCACACGGCCAUCCGCCGCCGCCGCUGCAGCAGCAACAGCGGCAGGUGCUGCAUCGCUUCCUUGGUCGUCGCCUCGGCCGCUGCAGAAUCCGGUGCCGGGCGGCACGGCGCAGCAGCGUUGGCUCUCACCACCACCACCACCACCACCGUCGCACGCCCAGCAGCGACCUAGGAGGCAGCGGCACAACAUGUUUCGCGAUCACCAGAGCCGCGAGGACGGACAUCUCCAGCUGCAAGCAGACUCAUGCCAAGCGGCUGACGUCACCGCACUGGCACAGAGCAGCGUGCCACUGUCGUCUCAUCUGGUCUCCAACGCUGCCAACAGCGCUGCUCCCUCUGGCGAUUCUCCUCCUCUCCUUUCUCCGCAACAGCAGCGUCGCCAGUGGGUCCUUUCUGAGCUGGCGGGCCUGUACGUGCAGCACAAAAGCCUCACCCAGCAUCUCGCUGCGCUCUCUACCGUCACUUCAGCCUUUCCUCCGUCGUAUAUGCUGAUGCUGCAGCUGCCCUUAUCCGCACUCGGCGCAUCACCGAGCCUCUUCCGUCGACAGGCACACCAGCAUGAGGUGCUAGAAUGCGAGGCCGCGCUGAACGACGUCUCGCGACUGAUCCAUCACUACUUGGCGGAGCUGGCACUUGGCUGCUUCCUCGCCGACGACACGAGCACGAAGCCGAGGACGAGUCAGCGCCGCGCGCGUCAGUCGACCGCCUCGUACGGGGGGCCGCGGGGGAGAGCGGCGGGUGGGCAAGAAGCGUGGGAGAGGGAGGGCUACCUUGCCUGCGCCGUCGCCGAGGCGUAUCAAGCCGCCUCCACAGCGGUGGAGCAGACCGUCUGCCGACUCACCAGUCCACUUUUGUGCAGGUCCGACAUCCCAUCGCAGCCGCAUGAGCGCAACGCUGCCUUAGCAGUGGAGGAGGCGAGAAAGACGGAGAAGGCGCUGCAUGCGUGUGCGGGCUCGUCGCCAAUCAAGCACACCGCCACGGCCCUACCGUCUCUGGAUAGCAACCGCCCGUUGAGUCCCAAAUGCAUCAUGGAAAAUGCAGCCAACAGACAACUGGGCGGCAGCAACAGCGGCAGUGCCGGCGGUGCGGGGGAGGGCGGACGCCCCGCACACGUGCGGUUAGCGUCACUGCGCGACAGCAGCAUCUUUUCUGGGCCCCUCGACUGUGGCCAGCAGUCGAUUGAAAACAGCAAAAUGGACUCUAACUACAGUACCUCGUCUCCGUCACCGCACAUCAUGCGGGCGUCCACGGUGCCACCCGGUGCGGACUCCGUGAACAGCCGGUUGUCGCAGCGACCGCCGUUGCCGGCAACCCUUAUUUUGAACGACAGCGGCAGCACGCACACCGGUCCGUUAGAGCCGCUCACCGUGUCUGUGCUGCACCCUGCAGAGCAAAGCACCUACGCAGCGGACUCGCCAAAGCUGUUCACCGCGCUGGAUGAAUUCGCAGAAACGAUAGAGCGACCGUCGCGUAGCUCGUCGGCAGACGACGGCGCCGAAAGUGCAACGAGCUGCGCCUUGCCACCAAAAGGCAGCACUUUCUGCACCAACAACGUCGCCUCGGGCGCUCACAACGCAGCCGCCCAAGCAACAGCAGAAACGAGUGCGCAGCAUGGGUCACAGACCAAGGAGCACAAGAGUACGCCGACGACGCUAUCCAAAACGUCCAUUAACCCCUCCCUCGCUCUUCCACCGCUGCGGACGUCGCCUUACAGCCCCAUCAUGAAGUGGCCGCACGACAGCCACUCCCCCCUUUCGGGCCCCACGAACCGGAAGUCGUUCUCGUCGACUGUUGUGGCGGCCGCGGCCGCUGCGGUGGGGCUGCACGGGUCUGCUGCGACCCCCACAGCCACGGCCACUCUCUCUGGACAGGGCCCGAACACGACCGCCGCCGCAAUGGAGGCGGCGGAGGGAAUGUAUGACGACGACAGCCCAUCCCCGAGGGCCAACAUCUAUCUGGAGUGGGCGGUGACGCAGCUAGAGCAGCGCCAGCGGCUGCGGCAACAACAGCAGCGAGACAGCGGGGUCGGCAAUGAGGACCACGACGACUACCCCGCUUACGCCAGCCCCGCCAGCCCCGCCAACAGCUUUGGCGCACGAGGGAAGACGACGUUAAUGAUUCCGCACUUGGCCGACAACGUCAGCGGAAACAACGGGCACGCUCACUCGACCAGUCCUGCCUCCCCGUUCAUGACCCCCAUGAACGGCUCCUGGACGGCGCCGCGGUUCUUCUGCAGCAACACAGCGGGCACCCGCCCACCGACGGGCGCCAACCGCAGCACGGCAGGCAGCGGCAUGGCGUUGCGAAACUCGCUGAGCGCUUCGAAGCGCGGCAGCGUCGCCAGCGAAGCCGGUCUGGCGGGCACUCUCAUGGAGCGCGAGAGCCACUCCUGGCCGUCGCCGCGCAUCGCCGAAAACGACACGCUCCGCAGCGAUGACCGCCCAUCGAAUGAACCGGGCAGCAUGACGCUGCUGGCGGACGAGUCGCCGCUCCGCGGCGCAUCUGCGCGCCGGAGCAUCGCCGGGACCGAAAAUUCGCUCAGCCACAUCGGCCUCGCGACGACGGAUCACCUGGGGAACACCUCGUUCGAGAGCACGUCGGUUUCGCAGGUGUCCGGCAUAAGUGCGCCGCUGGAAUUCUUUGGCAGCGCGACGUGGAGCACGGUGGUGCAGAGUCGCACGGCAGGGCAGGUGCCGCGGUCGGGGCACAGCUCGACAAGUUACCGCAUGACGCGCUCGACUGCACGGAUACACGGCGGGUCGGACAAUCAGCGCUCUCACAGCCUCUUUGAGAAGACGGCGUCGUCAACGAUGCCCGCUGGAUUUUCAGGGUCCAUUUUUCCUCAACGCGACGCCGACGGAAACGUGAUGCACGACGGCAAUUAG